AUUCACUGCAGCGGACAAUUGCAUUCCUCACAGCCUGUGUUCGUGAAAAGGGUUCCCAGAGCCCUCUUGCGACCACGUGAAGUGGCCUUCAUCGGGAAGCUCUUGGCAUUGACUCUGCGGCUGCUCCACGCAUUCAGCGUCGUCAUUUCCAGGCUUCACCCAACAACGUUCAUGUUACCUUGUCACGGUCGUCCACUGCAUUCGCCGAAAGUCCAGUGCUCAUUCUUAUGAUAUAUCUGCUCCUAAACCCUCUCUGAACUCUUCCUUCUACAAUACAUAACAUGUAUCGUGGUCCUUCCUCCGGCGGCCGGUCCAAGGCUACGCCCACUACUCAGUGCCAGAAGUGCCUGCGACGAGGACACUAUAGCUAUGAAUGCAAGGCAUCCACGCAAGAGAGACCAUACAAGUCCCGGCCAUCCCGCACACAGCAACUUCUCAACCCCCAGCUCAAGCCAAAGCUGAUGACAGAUGUACCGAGUGAUCUUCUACGAAAGAAAGGUGUCGCGGACGAACUCCUGGCAAAGAAAGAGGAAGAGCGCGGAAGGAAGCUAAACCGUGACGGUGACGAGCUACGCCAACCAUCACGCAAACGCUCACGAUCAGUAUCCUCCGAUUCUGUCUCUACUAUAUCCACCAAUCUUUCCCAGUCCCGAUCACGGUCCCUAAUUCGUUCCGAGCACAACAAGCAGUCUUCUUUGCGCGGAGGGCAUUCGCUCGGUAAACGGCCCAGGAAAUCACCAUCGUCGGACUCAUACCAUUCUGGAAGUUCGUACGACAUGAGACGUGCAGCAGAGCGGAACUCCCGACGACGAUUGAGCGCUUUCAGUCCUGUACAGAGAGGUCGCCGGCGGAACAGGUCUGCUUCCAGCAGCAUGGACACAUCCGAGGAGUAUGACUCGCGGUGGAAGGGUGGCAGACGCCCACGCUCACCAAGCCAGAGUGAUGGGAGAGCACUGGGAAGCCGCUUAUCCAUGGCGGAAUCACGAUCGAGGAGUCCGAGGCGUGGAAGAACACCUCUCAAAGGCAGAUCUCAGGAUGGUUGCAUGGAUAUUCCUGAUGAACGCGGACCUCGACGUAAUUGCGGCACAAAGGUCGUACGGAGAACACUCAGCAGGGAAAACAGGCGAGGGCGUAGUCCAGUACAACGACCCAGAUCACGCAGUAUCGAUAGAGAUCGGCAUAUGAUACGUCCAACUGGACGCCCAGCAGCGUCUGAAUCACGAUCAAGAAGCCCACCCCGAUUUAGAAAUGGGAGAGAAUCGAGAUCAAGGUCGCCGUUCCGCCCUGCUCGAAGCCCAACCCACUAUUCACGCAAUACAUACCGAGCCCGAAAUGGUGGGGAUGGUAACCGUGGCGGACCACGAGGUGGAAGGGGACGACAAUUUCAAGACCGGCGAGAGGAUCCGAGGGCGGUGGACAACGCACCUCCAGCUCCGCCGCCACAGAAAGAGCGAAGCUUGAGCCCGUACAGCAAACGUUUGGCACUGACUCAAGCUAUGAUGGCAGGGGGGAGAUGAAGUCGCCUUUCGCACCUCUAAUUUCCUUCCUACGAUGGAGUGGAAUCUAUAUCGAUCCAAGGCGACUUAAUAUCAGAAGGACUCGAUUAAAUUAGAGGGUCAACAUAGUGUGGAAUUUCUCAGUUCGGGGCUUCAAUGAUGCUAUUCUACGUUGUCGGAUUAGAUCGAUACCCUAAGAGUACGAUGUGCCAAUUUGG